GUUAUACUUCACGUCCUUAUUGACCACCCAUCCACUGAACACAAAUUUUUGGCCCUUUCUUCCACUUGCCUUUAUGUAUACAACUUGCUAUCAUGCCUCCUUAACCCCUUUGAACCUUUUUCUUUUUCUUUGUUUAAUAUAUUUAUUGUUAUUGGUGAGUUGCCUCAGAUUGUAGCUUGACAUUCUUUUUUUUUUGUUUUAAGCCUUUGAUUCCAGCCCCUAUUCUCUAAGCUUACUUCUCUCUUUAAUACCACACCCAACACUGUAGGACUUGUACUAAAAUAUUAAUUAUUUUUGUAUCCACUUCAAUUUGCAUAAAAAAUGUGCUUCACCUUAUUUUCCAAUGGUGUAGCAGUUUUCAAAACGCUGACUUGUGUUGGGAAGGGUUUAUCUCUAUAGAUGAGUUAAAGUAACUGGCAUUUUGAAGUUACUUAAAAAGGCAUGAAGAAGGUCAACCUGGGAGACUUGAAAAACAAAGAAAAAAGGUUUCAGAAUAUUAUAUUUUUGCACUUACCUGACACCUUUGAGAGGGUGUGGAAGAAGGAACCUGGGUGAAAAGGGGGUGGCAAUGCUAUGAAGCGGGUGUUAGGUGGAUAAAGGACAGGGGGCACAACUAAUGAGACGGUAAGAAGCAGGGGGGAAAGAUGAUUUAGGUGGGGCAGGCACUGGCCUUCCUUCCCGGCCUUCCUCCCACCCAGAUGAGCCCGAGACACCUCGGUCACCUGGUCAGCGGUCUUUCAAAUAACGAUAAUUGGCAAAUUUCGCGGGAAAUUUACAUCGUCCACGGAAGAGAGCGUCAUUUUGACUCGGAUAAGAAACGUUGGCAUUUUGGCCGGGGUUUGAUCCUGGAAUAGUCAAGAUGGUACAGAUAUUGAUAUCAAUGGCUCCAGGCGUUGAUAACUGGACGAUAAUUGAACUUCAGGGCACACUGGAGACAAAGGAAGACGUCAGUUUGGAAGGGAAGGCCAUCGGUGACUUGCAUUUCGAUGGAAAGGGAACACCAAUGCUUAUCAUUGGUCACCAUCUACUCACUGGUAAAGUUGUUGACUUGGACAAGCCAUAUGCAGUACUACACAAGAAAACCAAUGAUGAGGACAAUCAUGACAAGAAAGGGGAAACACAUUAUGAUGUCUGUGCAUUGGUGAAGAAGAAAAUUAUUUUCAAGACCCGACCUAAGCCAAUUGUUUUCAAGACUGUACCAAUAUCAAGGUGAUACUGAACAUUAUUGCAUGAUGCCUUUGACAUGGUCCCAUUGAGCCCAGCUGUCCAUCUUUGGUGACCCAAGGGCAGCUAGUUGAGAUGAUGCAAUAUUUUCAGGCAGGCAAUGUUUUCAGGCAGAAGCUCCACUCUUGAUGUAAACUUUUGCCCAAAAAUUUGUGAUGUCCCAACUAGCUGCCCCUGGGUCUCCAAGGAUGAGCCAGGUCAGAUUUUUAAGGUGCUUUGAAUUUUGCUGGGAAUUAUUUUUUUCAAGCAGUCGGAUGCAAGGCAUUCAGACUCCUCAUAAUUUGAUGAAGAUGACCAGUAACACUACUCAAAACAUCAAGGUCACUUUAAUUUGGUAAACAACUUGCAGUGUUGGAAGAAAUUCCUCCGGUACAGUUCUCCGAAAUGUCUACUGUAUUCCCUCACGUGCCAGGACACUAGUUAAUCAAGUUGGAGGCACAGUUUUUCUCCAAGUACAUCCCAAUAAUUUAAUGAUUGUAUAAACAUUACCAGUCCUCAAACACAAGAGAAUAGUCUAGCUGAGCCUGGGAUUCAAGUUUUCGGCAUUUAUAAAGACUGUGACAAGAGGACAAAAAUUAAAAGAACAGAUGAUGCACAUAAUAGAACUCUGCUAGCACAUGGAGAUGGAAAUAAACUGGAAGUGACUUAACAGAAAAGAAACUGUUUUCCUACAUGUAUGUUGACGCUAGUGUGGUUGAAGCUUAAAAGAUUAUAAAUAAAGUCAAACAGAAACAGGUUUCCCUUGUAUCACUACUAUUUAUGAAAUUGAGGGGCAAGGGGGAGCUUAUUGGAUGAGGGGCACGUAUUUGCUAUUUUGGCCAAAAGGGUGGGUGUUUAUUCGGAGGAGGGCACUAUGUCAGAGCAGGGUUGCUUCUUUAAGGAAAAUUAUCUUGAAAGAAAACUGUGUUCCUGAAUUGUGAUGUGUAAAUAUUUAAUGACAAUAUUAUUUUGUAAUAAUACAGAAGAGUAAUAUUGUUUUAUUAGUGAAAAUAAUCAUUUAUACAAUAUUA